AUCGCUCGCCAUCCAUUUUUUUCCAUUCUUCCCAACGAGCCCAAAACGAAGCCAAGAAGAAGAAGAAGAGAGAGAUGGGAGAGAGGAGUGAGUGAGUGAGGGAGAGAGAGAAUAAAAAGGCUUUUUUGUUCGCUCAGUCCCAGUCCAGCUCGCUGCUCAGAUCUAAUCAUUAUUUAAUCCUUUUCCCGCAGUGUCACAUGAGCACUUCCCCAUCCUCGCUGAUCCCCCAAUCCCUAACCCUAGCGUCGUCCUCCUGCUCCGAGGUGGCGGGCACCUCGACCUCCUCCUCGGGGAUGCGCGAUGCGGCGGAGGGGUCGGACUCGCCGCCGUCGGAGAUGUCGGAGGACGAGGACGGCGGAGGGGGAGGGGGAGACAGGUGGAUGCCGGAUCUGAGGGGAGGGAACGGCGGCGGCGGAGGCGGCUGCGGGGGGAGGUGGGCGCCGCCGGACCAGGUGCUGGAGAACGUGCUGGAGAGCGUGCUCGAGUUCCUCACGGCGGCGAGGGACCGGAACGCGGCGUCGCUGGUGUGCCGCUCCUGGUACCGCGCCGAGGCGCAGACGCGGCGGGAGCUCUUCAUCGGCAACUGCUACGCCGUCUCGCCGCGCCGCGCCGUGGAGCGGUUCGGCGGGGUGCGCGCCGUCGUGCUCAAGGGCAAGCCGCGGUUCGCGGACUUCAGCCUCGUGCCCUACGGCUGGGGCGCCUACGUCUCGCCAUGGGUCGCGGCGCUUGGCCCCGCCUACCCGCGCCUCGAGCGCAUCUGCCUCAAGCGCAUGACCAUCUCCAACGACGACCUCGCGCUCGUCGCCAAGUCAUUCCCGCUCUUCAAGGAGCUGUCGCUGGUGUGCUGCGAUGGAUUCAGCACACAAGGCCUAGCCGCCGUCGCCGAACGCUGCCGGUAUCUCCGUGUGCUGGAUCUGAUUGAAGACUAUAUUGAUGAGGAGGAGGAUGAGCUAGUGGAUUGGAUCUCCAAGUUCCCAGAGUCCAACAGGACGCUGGAAUCGCUAGUGUUUGAUUGUGUCAGUGUCCCAUUCAAUUUUCAGGCCCUGGAGGCGCUUGUUGCGCGCUCACCAGCUCUGCGUCGGUUGCGAAUGAAUCACCAUGUGACAGUAGAGCAAUUGCGUCGUCUAAUGGCAAAGGCUCCCCAGCUCACACACCUUGGUACUGGUGCAUUCCGUUCUGAGCCAGGCCCUGGUGGUGCUCUGUCUGUUACUGAGCUAGCUACAUCUUUUGCGGCAUCAAGGUCUCUGACUUGUUUAUCAGGUUUCCGGGAUGUUAAUCCAGAAUUCCUCCCAGCAAUCCACCCAGUCUGUGCCAAUCUGACUUCCCUGAAUUUUAGCUUUGCAAACCUAACUGCUGAGGAGCUCACACCGAUUAUUCGCAACUGUGUCCGUCUUCGCACUUUCUGGGUUCUAGAUACGGUGGGUGAUGAAGGCCUUCGUGCUGUGGCUGAGACAUGCUCAGAUCUUCGUGAGCUGCGAGUUUUUCCUUUCGAUGCCACGGAGGAUUCUGAGGGUUCAGUUUCAGAUGUUGGCCUUCAGGCAAUCUCGGAAGGGUGCCAGAAGCUUGAAUCAAUUCUCUACUUUUGCCAACGCAUGACAAAUGCAGCAGUAAUUGCUAUGUCCAAGAACUGCCCUGACCUGGUAACAUUCCGUCUUUGUAUCAUGGGCCGCCACCGCCCUGAUAGGAUCACUGGUGAACCCAUGGAUGAUGGUUUUGGGGCAAUCGUGAUGAAUUGCAAGAAGCUCACUAGACUUUCAGUCUCUGGCCUGCUCACUGAUAAGGCGUUUGCCUACAUUGGAAAAUAUGGGAAACUAAUAAAGACACUCUCUGUUGCCUUUGCUGGAAAUAGUGACAUGUCUCUCCAGUCUGUGUUUGAAGGAUGCAGUAGGUUACAGAAGCUUGAGGUCAGAGAUAGUCCUUUUAGUGACAAGGGAUUGCUCUCUGGUCUGAGCUAUUUUUACAACAUGAGGUUCUUAUGGAUGAAUUCAUGCAGGCUAACCAUGAGAGGUUGUAGACAAGUAGCUCAGCAAAUGCCUGACUUGGUGGUUGAAGUGAUGAAGGAUCAUCCUGAUGAUGAAGGGGAGAUGGAGACUGUCGAUAAACUGUACUUGUAUCGAUCACUGGCAGGACCAAGAAAUGAUGCGCCUCCGUUUGUCAACAUCUUGUAGUGCUGCUAUUGGAAGAAGUUUGUUGUACUCAAACAAGUUUGUUCUAUUAUUCCUUAUCAUUGCUAUUGUAUUCCUGGAUCCUGAUCAGUCUACGGGAACGAGAGACAGAAGCUUCCCGCAGAUGAUUUUCAAAUUUUGCGGGGAAUUUCAAUUAUGCGGAUCACCAAACUGUUCUUUUUCUUGGCUGACAAAGUGGCAUUCAGAAAUGAGGUAUAUGAGGCUCUUCUUGAUGUAUGUACCUUGAUGAGAAGUUCGUCGAGUGAGCAACUGAGAUCAUUCUUUUCCUGCAACUCGACUUGGCCUACCAUUUUACUGUUAGAUGAAGAGUAGGAACUGAUUCAACUGGGACUGACUGCAGGCCGGCUCCAGUCAGCAGGGUUAGAUUAGCCAUCUUUUGAUCCGCUCAGACGAAGGAAGGGCAAUGCUUACGUCGGAAGCUCCAAUCAUCAUCCUUUGCCAAAUGUUUUAGAUCUCAAACUCAACUAUGAUAAUUUUUUUCCCUUUUCCAUAUUUUGGGGUUUCUCUGAGUUAGUUGUUUUUGUACUAGUCCAUUUGGCCCCCUUUACUUCGUCACAUCGCUGUUAUGAAUCAAGAAGCUAUUGGAGGAAUUGAGAUUUAAUGCAUUACUUUGUUACCUGUCAA